AUGGCGCUGACCAGCAAUUGCUCUUCUUUGACAGAGGUGUCUGAAUUCUUCUUGAAUUGCUUUGUCAGAUCUCCAAACUGGCAACGCUGGCUAUCCCUACCCCUAAGUCUGCUCUUCCUCCUUGCCAUGGGGGCAAAUGCCAUACUUCUAACCACCAUCCGUCUGGAGGCAUCUCUGCAUGAGCCCAUGUACUAUUUGCUCAGCCUGCUCUCCCUGCUGGACAUUGUGCUCUGCCUCACAGUCAUCCCUAAGGUCCUGCUCAUCUUCUGGUUUGACCUCAGAUCUGUUAGCUUUGCUGCUUGCUUCCUCCAGAUGUAUGUCAUGAACUGCUUCCUGGCCAUGGAGUCAUGUACUUUCCUGGUCAUGGCAUAUGACCGUUAUGUGGCCAUUUGCCAUCCCCUUCGUUACCCAUCUAUCAUUACUGACCAAUUUGUUGUGAAAGCUGCCAUUUUCAUAGUGGGCCGGAAUGCUCUUCUCACUAUUCUGGUCCCUAUCCUCUCAGCUAGGCUGCACUACUGCCAUUCCAAUGUCAUUGAAAACUGUAUCUGUGCCAACUUAUCUGUAUCAAAGCUUUCCUCUGAUGAUAUAACAGUGAAUCGCCUUCUUCAGUUUGCUGGGGGAUGGACAGUGCUGGGUUCUGACCUCGUCCUCAUCUUCCUCUCCUAUUCCUUCAUUCUUCGAGCUGUGCUGAGGCUUAAGGCCAAGGGGGCUGCAGCCAAGGCCCUGAGUACAUGUGGUUCCCACUUCAUCCUCAUCCUCUUCUUCAGCACCAUCCUGCUGGUCUUUGUUCUCACUCAUGUGGCUAAGAAGAUGGUGUCUCCUGAUGUGCCCAUCCUGCUCAAUGUCUUGCACCAUGUCAUCCCUGCAGCUCUCAAUCCCAUUGUUUAUGGUGUCCGGACCCAAGAGAUCAAGCAGGGCAUUCUGAAGUUACUGAGGAAGGGUCUGUGA